CGGCACAGAGUUCAGCAGCUCGCACGUUAGUCCGUCAGUUAGCAAGAGCUGCUCCCCAGGCAGUGGAGGUGAUGAUGGCGGCGGCUGUAGAGAGAGGAGGCGUCCGGGCCGCUUUCCUGAACCCGAGCAGCGGUGGCGGCGGUGGACCGGCACCGAUGAGCCUCCCGACCGGAGCGGUAGCCGGGUCUAUGGUCCUGGGCUCGGGCUCCGGCACCAUGCCUGUGCCCAUGAACCUCUUUGCGACCUGGGAGAUAGACCGAUCAUCACCGAGCUGCGUACCGAGGCUCUGCAGUCUCACACUGAAAAAGCUUAUCGUCCUCAAGGAGCUGGACAAAGAACUGAACUCCUUGUCUAUAGCUGUCAAAAUACAGGGUUCAAAGCGUCUUCUGAGAUCAAAUGAGUAUGUCCUCCCACCCAGCGGCCUAAUGGAGACUGAUCUGGAGCUCACUUUCUCACUACAGUACCCCCAUUUUCUGAAGAGAGACGCCAAUAGACUCCAGAUAAUGUUACAGAGGAGGAAACGCUACAAGAACCGGACCAUCCUGGGCUACAAGACGUUGGCCGUCGGAGUCAUCAAUAUGGCUGAGGUGAUGCAACACCCGACAGACGGAGGACAGAUUCUUGGUCUCCAUAGCAACGUGAAGGAGGCGCCAGUGCGUGUGGCGGAGAUCAGCGUGUACUCUCUGUCCAGCCAGCCCAUCGACCACGAGGACAGUAGCGGGCAGGCGGGACGCAAGGCCAAAACCUCAGACCGCUCCCCAGACAUGGAUAACUAUUCUGAGGAGGACGACGACAGCUACUCGUCAGAACAGGAAGCGAGUGAUGACGCAGUGCACGGCCAGGAUCUCUACGAUGAAGACGACGAGGUCAGAAAGCCGAAGAAGGCCCGGAGGAAAAUGAUCCGAACAACCUCCAUGACCAGGCAACCCAACUUCAAGCAGAAGUUUGUGGCCUUGUUGAAGAGGUUCAAGGUGUCAGAUGAGGUCUUGGACUCUGACCCAGUGGAUCAGACCCAGGAGGUGGAGGAGGAUCUGGACUUACUCUACGACAGUCUGGAGGUGUACAACCAGAGUGACAGUGGGCCGGAGAUGGAGGACAACGAGAGUGUCCUGAGCACGCCCAAACCCAAACUGAAGCCGUUUUUUGAAGGGAUGUCUCACUCCAGCUCCCAGACAGAAAUUGGAAGCCUGCACAGCCAAAAGAGCCAGCACAGAGAGCUGUCAUGUCCUAGUGGAGAGUUCCUAUCUGUGGAGAGGUGUAAAGUGCAAGGUUCCAGGUAUCAGGAUGACAGCAUCACAGACACCACCAUUGGGGAGACAGAGGCGGACGAUGGCGGGCAGGUAAUGGGGGACGUGACCAGCGGCUGGGAUGUCAGCACUGAACGGCUGGCUGGCACUGUUGGCAAGCUCUGCAAGACAGAGUCCCAAAACCACAUGUCCCCCAGCAAAGUGGAGAACAGGCUGCAGCGGCGUCCUCGCAGCACCUCCAUGAAGGACAGACAGAACUCCAAGGCCCAGAGUGACAGGACCAGCAGCAUGGACAGCGAGUGCUCUCCAGACUCACGGCUCAUAGCACAGGUUCCCAGGAAGUCUGUGUACGACCAGCUGAACCAGAUCCUCAUCUCUGACGAACGCCUACCAGAGAGCAUCAUCCUCAUCAACACCAUGGAGUGGCAAGGGCAGUAUGUAGCGGAGUUGCUCCAUGAACAGGGCCAGCCCAUUGUGUCCACCUGCUCUGCUGCCGAUGUUCAGGCUGCCUUCAACACUAUCGUCACCCGCAUCCAGAGAUUCUGUAACUGCAAUGCACAGACACCACCGACGAUCAAGGUGGCGGUGGCGGGCGACCAGAGCUACCUGAGCACCAUACUGAGGUUCUUUGUGGAGCAGCUGGCCAACAAGACACCGGACUGGCUCAGUUACAUCCGCUUCUUGGUGAUCCCUAUAGGUUCUCACCCCCUGGCCAAGUACGUGGCCUCGUUUGACAGCAGGUUCAACAGUAUCUUCAUGGACACCGCAUGGAGGGAGCUGUUCUGCAGGACAGAACGGCCCGCCUCAGAUAACAUAGAUGUAGCAGGACGAGUUGUUCAGUAUCUGGCCGGUGCCAACGUGUCCCACCAGUUCCCCAUCUCAGAAGCUAUGCUCACCUACAAGCAGAAGAGGAAGAGAAGUUUGUAUUUUGAUUUUUACAUCAGCCCGGACGAGGACUCCUGUCAGAAAUUUGUGCCAUUCAUUGGGGUUGUGAAGGUUGGCAUUGUGGAGCACAGCCUCUCAACCUCUGUGGACUCAGAUGAUGCCAUGGGGGGAAAUACGAGCAUCCUGUCCUCCCCAACGCCCCCAUCGGCUGGUCCGUAUGGGAAGGAGAUUGGGGGCACGCCCCCUCAGUCUCCCUCCGUCUCCACCGCCCUCUCUGGAGCUGGUUCUCCAUGCUCAGGCGGUGAAGUGAUGGGGCUCCAGGUGGAUUAUUGGACGUGGCAAGGCCCGGAGAAGAAGAAAGAGGGAGAGAAGAGAGAUGUCGGUCUGAAGAACACGCUGAAAAGUAACUUCCGUUCACUGCAAGUCAGCCGCCUGCCCUGCGGCGGAGAGCUCACCCCUCCGCCCAGCAUGGCCAUGACUGUGGUGACCAAGGAGAAGAACAAGAAAGUGAUUUUCCUCAGCAAGAAGCCCAAGGAGAAAGAGCUGGACUCUAAGAGCCAAGUGAUUGACGGUAUCAGUAGGUUGAUCUGUACAGCCAAGCAUCAGCACACGAUGCUGAGAGUUUCUAUCGAUGGAGUGGAGUGGAACGAUGUCAAGUUUUUCCAGCUGGCCGCCCAGUGGCCGACUCAUGUCAAGCACUUCCCGGUGGGAAUCUUUGGUUACACAAAGCCCAUGUGACCCCGGCCACCGCCCACCCGUCACCACCGGACUCUCCCCUGCACUUGUCUCACCGAGACGCUACGGAGAAGUAGAGGAAACGCCAAGUGGCCCCGGCAGUAAUAGUUUUCCUGUGGAAACCUUACUGACUCAUAACCACGUGUUCAAUACACCCAAACAAAAUUUCAUGUUGUCAGUUUGAUGUUUUUGAUGUUGAUGUUGUUGGUUGUUGUUGUUUUUUUACACACUACAAAAAGAACAAGUACUAUUUUGUAAGAUUUGUGCUGCCGCCUCGGAAGUAUUUUGAGGUUUUUGACAAUUUGCCACAUUUCGAUAAUGGCAGCUGUGUUUGCACUUUGUUUUUGUUAACAUUUUAUUAUUUCUGUGAAAUCCUACGUUUAUUGUUACUCUAUAGACAAUGGAGGAGUGUGAUGGUGAUGUGCAGUGGUGUGUGUGUGAGAUCGUUUGAGACUGUGUUCGUGUUUGUUAUUGAAAGUUGGAAUAUUGCUGUGAAUCUAGAUGGAAUCCUUCCCUUCUAACUCAGUGCUCUGUUUUCUUACUCGUCCCUUACUUUAUUUUUGACAAAAGCGUUAACUUUUAUAGUAAAGAACACAUUACCUUGUUCUUUCUGCCUUGUUGCUUUUAAGCACACUGUGUACCUAAAGCAAAUCAAAAACAGUUGAAGCAAGGUAUUUUUGAAGGUAGCUAUUAUGAAUGUAGCUAUAAUGCAUUUGUAACACAUGUAAACAGCUCAUGAAAUCGAUCCUUUGUUCAUCAAUGUAAGUGCUGAAGUUUUUGUAUCGGUGUCAGUGUAGAUUCAUUACUAAAGGCUGUCGGCCUGUAAAGUUAUAUAACCACUUUGAAGCAGGGUAACCUGAUACACAGAACAAUGUAUUUCAACUCCAACAGCUGAAUGCCAAAUGUAAAAAUCCCUUUAGUUGUGAAUGCAUUCUGUCUACUCUUUCAGUCCUGAUCUGUUUGUUACAAUUCAUUCCCAGUUGAGAUUUGGUCUUUAAUUAGAGGUUUUACACCACUUAUUUGUGGUAAGUGGUUUCCUCGUGUUCAACUCUGAUAUAUAUCGGCUUGCUAGUGUCCGUCUCAUAGACUUGCAGUAUAUUAUCAAUUAUUGGAUUAGAUCAGAUGUGUAGUGAUGUGCCAAAGUCAAAGUUUCUUAUACAGGAUAACUACCAGAACUUUGAGCUGUACACUUCUCUUGGCUAAACUAAAUAUUAUGCUUCAACUGGCUAAAAAUGUACAGAAGAUGUAUUUGUUGUCCCUGUAGACAUCAGUAUUGAGUACUGAGCUUGGAAAAAGAUAAAAACAACAAAAAAAAAAAAUUCAUGAACAUCAUAUGGUAAACUCUUCCACAUUUGGUUCAAUUAAGGCAAAGUAUGUUUUUAAAUGUGCACAUCCUAACCAAGCAAUUUACACUGCGUCCUGUACUGCAGCCUCGUCGUGGCUGGACAUGCAAGUAGUACAUAAAAACCUUAAAAAGGUCUUAUCCGUUCAGUAUUGUGUAGGCCUCUCUCUGGACAUGUCGUAUUGGGAAUGAAUUGGUCCGACUUGAAGUGCGCUGUGACACAAACGUCGAGCGCGGUCCAAGUAUUAAGUUGUUUUUAAAGCUGAUUUGAUGGUGGAAAAAGCAUAUGGUUGGAGCCUUGCCAGAUGUCCAAGUCACUGCCUGUGUGUGUCUGUGUAGGUGUGAUAAAUGUUUGAUGGUACUCCCUGAAUAGUGUUACUUAUGUGAACUUCUUGCAAUAGGAAACCUUUGGACAAAGGGCCUUCUGUAUGAGUUUCUUUGUUGCUUUUUUAUAAAGUGAAGACUUACAAGCUUUGAUAGGCUGGCUUUUUUAGUAUUGUAUAUAAAUAUACAAGAUGUACUAUUGUGAAUCGCAAAUCCCCCCUUCUACUAAAUUGAAAGCACAAACUUGCCCUUGUUUCUCACCUUAAAUGCCAAAUGUUACCAAAAUGGAAAUGGAUGGAUUUCUACAAUGCAAACACUAUUCAAUAUGUAUUCUCUUGUACAUUUCUCUCCCACUGUGUAAUGCACUUUCUCAUGGUUUUAUACCUUUCAGCUCUGAUUGGGACACCUUUUGGUUUUGGAGGUGAAGUGUUAAAAUCUGUUCAAAAUAUAAACCACUACCUAGGCUGUACUUUUUUCAGUUUUAACUUUGCCCUUUUUUGUGGUAAGAUUGUCAUUUUUUUUUUUUUCUGUUGAUAGGAUUAAGCCCCUUCUGAGGUCUGAGGAACCAUCACAACUCUGUUACUUUUUGAUUUUGCCACUCGGGAUGUUACGAAGCUUAUUCAGCAGCUACCACCAUAAGUGUCUGCCUGUGGCUGUUUAGUCAAACCGUCUUGUUUCCUGGUUUUCCAAGUGUUCGCUGUCUUCUCUUAGCUGGGAGAAGUGGCCUGGCCCGUGUGUGUUCUGUGGAGCUGGGCUGUGAAGUGCUGGCCAGGGCGGAGUUGUGUGUGGAGGGAGCUCAUCAUUUGAAUUAGCCCUUUAAAUCCCCCAAAAGGGCCUAAUGACAAGUGUAUCUCAAUGUAUUUGACCUCAAGAGUUUUUUUGCCCUAAAUCUAGAGGUAGCAUGGGGGUGUUUUACAAGACUGGAUCAUUGAGCCGGCAUGCUCACGUCACACCACCGUCGUCUACCAUCUGAAAACGGAGCACUGCAGGAAAAGUUGAACAUCACUUAACAUUUUGUCGUGAAUGAACAGAUUACAAGUGUUACAAUAACAUGCCAUCUCACUGAUCCUGUUACUUGAAAUGCCACCCAGUGUCUUUGCACAAACCCUAUUUUAAAUGACAUGACAGUAUUUUUAAAUUUACCACUA